UUGUUUUUUUCGACUCCCUCUUUUUAAACUUGUGCUGCUUCAACCGAAAUUUUUUGUGUGUGGUUUCUCGCAAGCCGCGGGUUAAAAUACAAUUUCAAUUCACACUAAAUUUUCCGCAGAAAAUGAGAAAAUCUAAAAACCGCAGCAAUGGGGCUAGACUGCAAAAUCCAACUCAAUUCGCCGCUUUUCAACCGUCGGGUCUACAAUAUUCAGCUGUCUAUCCGCAGCAGCAACAGCAGCAACAACAACAGCAGCAGCAACUGGUCAGUUACGCACAGCAGCUGGCCAAGCAAUCACAACUGCUUCAGCAGCAGCAGCAGCAGCAGCAGCAGCAGCAGCGUCUCGCCGUGGGUGCCAGCACAAAAAGCAAGCCCAUUCAGGGCUCGUUGCAACAGCAGCUGCAACAGUUGCAAGUGCAGCAACAGCAGCAGCAGCAACAGUUACUGCGCCAGCAACAGGCACUGCAGCGCCAACAGCAACAGCAGCAACAACAACAGCAGCAGCAGCAACAGCAGCAACAGCCGCAACAACAACAGCUGCUAUCCACUGCAAGCAAUCCCCUCAAUGUGCCGACCUAUGCGGAUCAAAUGCAGGCUGCCUAUGCAGCAUAUCAGCAACAGCAACUGCUGUUUGAGCAGCAACAACAGCAGCUGCUCCAGAAGCUCUAUCACAACUAUCCGGACAUAUCCAAUAAUGGCGGGGCCACCGCAGCGGACGCAGCUGGUCUCAGUGCCCAGCCACCCAGUCGCUACAGACAGUCAACUAACAUUUUUGGUGGCAGCAGCUCCGGCAGCAGUGCAGCGUCUCCAUCGAAGUCACAGUCGGGUGAGCCGGGCUACUAUUCGGCCGAGCAGCACUUUGGAUUCUUGCAACAGCAACAGCAGAAUGUGCUGCAGAACCACCAACAGCAGCAGCAACAGCAAUACUCGAGCCUGCCAUCCACCACCGAGAGCUAUGGCAUGGCCGUGCCCGAGUCCUCCGUCCUGGGUGCUACACCGUAUGAACCUGCAUCGGCGGUUUCUCAUGUGAGAUUCAACAGCGGCAAUCUCAGCUACAGUUUCUAAAUGUGGCAAUUGGUUAACUGUGCUGAGAGCAUGAGCUGAAUGGAUGAUGAUGCGGAUGAGGAGACAGAUGAUGAGGGCACUGCAACCAUGCAACAGGGUUGACGACUCAAGUGUUGUUGAUGCUGACUGCAGGUCUGCGCCCAACUCGACCCAACAUUAUUAAUAUAAGCACUUUUUUUUCUCCACAUUUUUUUUGUUAUUUUUUUCUGGUUACCUACCACUUGGAUUUGUAUAUAUAGUUUAUUUAUUUUCAAAAUUUUGUUUAUCUUUUGGCCAGAGCUUGAACUGAAAACCCAAUCGCUAAAUAAAACGGAUAUGAAAAUUGAA